AGGGUUCCAACAUUACCACCCCGCCCCGUCGCUCACUCCCUCACACCUGCUUCAUCAUCCCUCCUCACCUCAUACAUCUCACACAAAUAUCUAGCCACUUCCCAGGAAUAAAGUGAGCCCCCGGCCCGUGCUAGCAGCGAGGAUAAUAAAGGUUUCAGAAGAAGUUUGGGGGCCGUGUUUACCGCCAUGACGUAAUUGUUCCCGUGACUGCGCAGUGGCAAACGCCAUAUUGACUCCACAGGCGGCGUUCACUCCACGCAAAUUCCUUUAUUUUUUACCCUCCGCAGCACAUAAUGGCUUCUCGUAAGAAGAUUCUUUUGAAAGUCAUUAUCCUGGGUGACUCUGGGGUUGGGAAGACGUCUCUUAUGAACCAGUUUGUUAAUAAGAAGUUUAGCAAUCAGUACAAGGCUACAAUUGGUGCAGAUUUUCUAACCAAGGAAGUGAUGGUGGACGACAGACUGGUCACUAUGCAGAUUUGGGAUACGGCUGGCCAGGAAAGAUUCCAAUCGCUUGGUGUAGCAUUCUACCGUGGAGCGGACUGUUGUGUCUUGUGUUAUGAUGUCACAUCUCCUAAUUCUUUCAAGUCUUUAGACUCUUGGCGGGAUGAAUUUUUAAUUCAAGCUUCACCACGUGAUCCUGACCAUUUUCCAUUUGUUGUUCUUGGAAAUAAGAUCGACUUGGAAAAUAGGGCGGUAUCAACGAAGCGAGCCCAGCAGUGGUGUCAUAGUAAAAAUGAGGUUCCUUAUUUUGAGACAAGUGCAAAAGAGGCCAUAAAUGUUGAGUUGGCAUUCCAGACCAUUGCCCGAAAUGCCCUUGCCCAGGAGUCGGAGGUAGAAUUGUACAAUGAAUUUCCUGACCAGAUCAAACUGACCAAUGACAACAAGGCUAAGCAGGAUGCAUGUUCUUGCUAAUAAUCACUGUAAUGAUUUUUCUAGUUAAGACGGAAGCACUCGGUUCCAUUUGUGAUAUUGGAGGAGAGUUUGGGAGAAGAGUUGUGGCUUGUGGCCUGGUCCAAACUGCAUCAUUUUGAGUGAUCAGCUUCUGGUUAUAUGGCACCUUGAGUAUGAUAGUGUCCCAGUUACAUUAUUACUUUUAUCACUUUACACUUCAGGAGUUAAGUAUUUUCCCAGCAAAUGAAGAUGCAUUGAAUGCAUGAAAACCUUAUAAUUUUUAGUUGGUCACUUAGAUGAUGCUAUGGAAUGUUGGGUACCUGAGCAUUCUUCUAUCAAGUAUCUGGAUUCGAUGGAAGUUUGAACAGCCCUAACUUGAAGUUCUGUUGUCACCAUUCUUGUUUUGUUUUGUAUUGUGCAAAACAAAAUAUACUUUAUAGAUAUAUAUAUAUAAAUAUAUACAUAUAUAUUUAAAAUGUUUAUUGCUGCAGCAUCACCACUGUUUAUAGGAAAAUUGAAAUAAUUUUUUAAAGCCCAAAAACUUUGAGCUAUUAAUUGAUUUUGCUCAUGUUGCUCAGUGUUCUAUAUCCUUGGAAUUUAAAAAAAAAUGUACUAUUGACCAUUGGUCAAAAUCUUCAGAGCAAAUCGUUGCCUCUCAAGAGGUUAAUAUUUUUAAGUCUAGCAAUUUUGUAAGGUAUAAUAAGUGAAAAUAUCUUUACCAAGACUUCAGAGAAGUGCCUGUGUGUGCUGAAAAAAAUAGGAAAAUUAUGCAACUGGAGUUAGGUAUAACUUUAGACACGGCGCACAUUUUCCAUGUGAUGCAAAGUGUCAUGUUUUGAAAGUUAAAUAUUAUUGCUUGUUUAAUGUUUUCUUACUUUCUUAAUUUUUCAUAAUGCAAAAUGUUAUGGCCUAUAUACAUUUAUAUUAUGUAUAUGCCAUUCUUCUAGGGUAAAAUUUAAAGAUAAGGGAUUUUCAAGAUUUAUCUGUGGGUGCAUAAUGCAGCUAAACUGGCCGAUUCUAGCAAUGUGAAACUGGGACAGGGUAGUGCUGACCCAAUGCUGUAUUCAUACUAAUGUAUAAAUUACGAUUAAAGUAAACCUGCCAUGAGACUUUAUUACUAUCAGAUAUAAUAGUUUUCUGGAAUUAAUUGCAGGUUUCAUUAACACUGAUAAUGUGUGAUAAAUACACAAGGUGUAAAAGGAAGCAUUUGUCUUUCAGGCUUAGUUAAUCUUAGCUUCCAUCCAGGUGUUGCCAUAAAAAUUCAAUUAAAAUUGUACCAAUAUGUUUUGAUUACAUAAUAUCGGUUCAUGAUUGUUAGCAUUAUUCUGCCCCAAAGCUCCAUUUGCCCCCCUCCACCCCACACCAAAGCUCGAAUCCUCUUAUUUUAUACUGUGAUUGUUAAAUCAGUUCAAAGUGGUUUUCAUGAUUUUUAAGCUAAUUCAUUACCUGUACAUAUAUGUAAAAUACAUCUUCAGUGUGUUAGGUAAUAAAGGCCUUCUUUACCAUUUUUUCUGCAUAACACUGACUGUUUCUUAAUUUUAAUGACUGACUUUGCAAUCUACUCUGUACUCAGUGAGUUGCCAUAGAGAAGAGUUAACCAUCAUAUUGCAACUCUCCUUGUGAAGUGAAUUGUCCCACUUAGCAUGGUUGGUGCAAUUGUCUGGUUGGCUGUGACUAGCUAUUUAAAUGGAAAAAUAUAAUACAGUAAUCCCUCAGGCCAAAAAUCAAAACAUUAAAGUUUAUGAUUUUUUUGAAAUACUGUAUAUUAUAAAAGGGAUUUUUUUUUUUUUUUUUUAAUCAAGGCCUGAACUGGUAACUUCUGGAGUGCUGUUAAGUGAAACUGAGUGGAGUGUACAGGUAUGAAAUAGGUGUGGGUUGCUGUGGUUGCUUGGUGUAUAGCCAUAACACAGCUGGUUGUCAUUAAUACCAGCUGCACCCACACUUUGCCAUUUCUUUGUUAGAGAAGAGUAAUUUAACCUAAAUUCUGUUAGUGUAAUAUAGUUUUACAUUGUAUUCACCGAAAUGUGGCAAGAUCUGUAUUACGUAUUAAAUUAAUGAGCCUC